GAACUGCAGCAGCAGGUACAGCCUCGAGCGCGCGCGCGCGUGCAGCAGCUGAUCCACGUCACUCACAUUUCCACAGCCGAACAGUGAAGCAGCUGCGGUUUGUGCCGUCGAGACACGCUCACUGCACACUACAGAGUGAACACUAAUCACUGCAGAUCCAGUGUGUGACAGGAGAAGCGCGCGUUCAAACUUUGCACGUUUGCAGAUGGAAAAAACAGGACGGGACACGAGAGAGUAAAGCUGAACUCACAGUAAAAGAGUUAAGAGAGCCCUGCUGUCACCCGGCCUGUGCCAUCGGCUACAAUGAGUGCCAAAUCGGCCCUCAACAAGGCGGUCUUUCUUCCGAACGAUGAACGGAUGCUGGCAGCCGUGCAGGUGAGGAGGAGGACGAAGAAGAAGAUCCCAUUCUUGGCUACAGGAGGCCAGGGUGACUACACCACAUUCAUUUGCCUAUCAGUUACCAAUAAGAAACCAGCACAAGUUUUCCUCACAAAAGUGAAGCAGUUUGAGGGCUCUUCAUCUUUUGUAAGGAGAUCUCAGUGGACCAUCAGUCAGCUGCGGCAGGUCAACGGCAUCGACUCCACCCGAGAUUGCCCUGAGUUUGACUUGAUAUUUGAGAAUGGAUCUGACCAGUGGAUAGCAGGUUCAGCUGGAGAGAAGUGCGUGUUUGUCCAGAUCCUCCAUCACACAUGUCAGCGGUACAUUCCCGAAAGAAAACCUGAGUUUAUCAACUGCCACUCCAAACUGUUGGGAGGUAACAGUAUCCUGCACGAGGCGGCAGACAGUGUCAGCAGUGCAGUGCAGAAGGCCAGUCAGGCGCUGAACGAGCGCGGCGAGAGACUGGGACACGUGGAGGAGAAGACGGGCCAGAUGAUGAACAGCGCCCAACAUUUUGCUGAAACUGCACACAAGCUUGCCAUGAAGCACAAGUGUUAAACCUUUACCGUAUUUUUGGAGAAUCUGAUAUAAAUCCCUCACCCCUGCGAUCAGAGGGAUGCGCAUGACGUAUCAUAUGAAGAAAUGAGGACAUGUGUCACACCGUGGCCUGUCAACAUGGCUGGAGCCUUGAAAAGAUCAUGCCUUCUCUAACCAUAGAUGGGAUUUUCGGUCAUUGCAAGCUUAAUCGAAGCCUUAUUCCUGUGUGCUGCCAUUUGACAGAUCAUUAUUAUAAUUUCAAAAGAUUCCUACUGAAGAUGUAGAAAAUUUAAGGUUCAAAUUCCUGCAGAUAUUUGAUAUCCCUUCUAGAUUGAUCGAUAAGUGCCAUCAGCAUCAUGAGAGAAUUUUAGUGUGUGAAAUUAUUAAAAUAUAUUUUUUGUAAAAAUCCUUCAGAAAAGGAUUUUGUAAAAAAAAAUCUCUAAACUUGUUCUUUUUUUAACAUCAUUUUGUUUCUUCAAAUGUCACCACAUGCAAAAAAAAACAACAACCUAUUUUACUGAUUUAUUUUUAUUAUUAAAAUAAAGUUCUUAAAGACAAAUUUUAAUAAUGUAGUGCAUCUGAAGUGUUGAAAUAUCUACAGAGCUGCCCUGAGAAAUGACAAGACCAUGAGAAGUGCCGCGCUGCAGUUCACGACGGGUUGUGCCUUAACUGGAUGUUAAAUUCACAUGCAGUGCCAGAAUGAGAGGAGAUCAGCUGAUCGCCAGUGAAAGAAAAUAUCAUGCAGCAAUGGUCAUACUAGUCUACAAAUUUAGUUUAAUUUUAUACUGUUGGAUAAACGCGUGAUGUUAUUUCUGAGGUUCUUAACGCACUUCAGUUUGUCCUCAGAGCCAGAGCGACUACAUAAACACAUGCACUCAUGCUACAAAUAUGUAUAACAUAAACUCUUUUGUCUACUAGGGAGUACUGCAGCUGUCUGAGGAGCAUGACACAUUAGCUAAAUUCUCAGUUUAUUUUUUUCUUUUUUCUUCUUUAACUUUAGUAAAAAAAAUAUAUAUAUACACACACACACACAUAUAUAUAUAUAUAUAUAUUAAAAUCACUACCUUGUUAAUUUCUGCCUUGAGUUGUUUUGCUUUUUAUGUUGCCUUUGGCUUUUUAUAAGAAUAUUUGGUGUAACAUGAAUGUUUACACAUAACUAACAUAUUGUAUUGAAGUAAUUAUUUAAAGUGUUACAGUUUAUAACAGCCUGAAUUAGCUGUGUCAACAUUUUAAACUGGUUUUCUCUUGAGGAACCUUUAACAAAAAGCAUAUGUUAUACUUUGCAAUAUUAUUUCCCCAUUUGAUUGUUAGCUAAUGGAUUACGAAAAAGUGACCAAAGUCUGUAGUGCUCCGUUUUAUGUGUUGCAUUUAAUGCAUUUGAUUGAAAUAAUAAUAAAAUUUUCAAUUUGUGAUAAAUAUACAUAAUUAUAUCUGUGCUUAAAACCCUGCCUUAAAAUUGCAUAAAGUGUUCAGAAGACUGUUUUACUUCUGUCAUUUGUAACAUAAUUUAUAGCUUCUUUUCUGUUAAGUGGCAUCAACGGUCAUAUGGUUUGUUUUAUGGCUGUAGAGACAGCUCUGAUGCACUGAUGUCUGCCUUCAAGGCCGGGGAAUACUGCCAGAGAAUGUCAUCAUUGUCAGAGAAAAACAAAUGAAUUAUGAAAUUGUCAUGUGCAUCCCAGGCCUAGACGUUCAUGUUUUUCAUGUCACAUGCUUUCAUGAUGAAAACCAACCCCCGUUUGAAGUGAUCUAACCACAUUUCUGAGUAUGUAGAGUAGUGAUAUGCUUGUCGCUAGUUGUAAGUCAGAAUCUUUUUUGUUUAAAGGGAACAUUAAGAUAUUGUUUAACCGUUUUAAAUGUGCCUGUGCUACUGUGUGGUAAAUGGAAUAAUGAAUAGGUAAUAAAUGACAAUAAUACA